AUGACGGGGUCGCCGCCAGCGUCUGUGCCGACGUGGAUCGUGGAGGUGACGCGGCACCGCGACUUGAGUCAGGAGGCGUUGGAGCUGGCGUUGGAGCACAUGGCAGGGCGCGCCGUGACGCUCCUCCUCGUGCACGUCAUGUCGGAAGUGCCCACCUCGCGCAACAUGACGCUGCCGGCGAGCGAGGUGGAUCCAAAGACGGCGCUGCAGCACGCCAAGAAGCUCGUCGAUAUCCUCAUGAAGCCGCUGCUCGCCACCGCCACCGCCAGCCGGGUGGCGUGCGGCACGGCGGUCGAGCUCAACGACCGCCGCGAGAUAGGGCUGUGCCUCGCUGCGCGCCGAGCCAACGCGGAGCGCGUCUACAUAGGCGUCAAAAGGUGCGGGAUGGCCGAUCUCCAGGGCGUUGCGGGGCUGGCGGGAUUUAGUGGGCUCAUCUGGUUCGAUCAGUUGUGCUCUGUUGGAUCGCCCGCGGGAGCGGGCCCCACCACCACCUGCAGCGCCUCUCCGCUCCCCCCCCCGCUCCUCCUCCCUCCGCACAUUCUCUCCCUUUUCCGUCAUUCUCCCCUUCCCCUUUCUCCCUUCCGUCCACUGCCCCCGCGUAGCAGGAAGCUGCUGGGGUGGUCAUCGUCGGGCGUGGUGGCGGCGUGUCAGACGUCGCUGCCGCGCGCGUGCACGCUCGUCGUGUCGCAGGGCGGCCGCGGCCACAAGCACCAGCAGCUCAUCGGCGCGCAGCGCACCGACCUCUCCGCGCUGCCGUCCGUCUUCCUGCAGUUCCACUCCGCGCCCUCCUCCAACGACGCCCUCGCCGCCCGCCUCGCGCCCCCCGCACUCCCCCCGCCACCCCCUCUGCGCUUAAACCCCCUGCGUUCGCCUCCCCCCUGCACGUGCGCCGCCCCUCCGACCCCCCGCCGCUGGAGGCGUCCGCCGCCCGCGCCCGCCCCUCCUGCAGCAGCGGCUGGCGGAGAGGCGGCGGAGAGGGAUCCAUGGGGACAAAUGAUGGACCGGGGGAAAGGGGCGGAGCAGAGGCGCGCGGGGGGGGGAGGGGAAAGGGGGAAGCAAUCGCGCUUAUCGUUUUCGACGCUGGAGGAGCUGCAGCAGAUGGCGGUGCGCGAAUCCGAGGCCAGCGGCGCGCAGCCCAUGUCCUCCGCGGCACGCCAUCGUUCCCCCGGCGCUGCUGCGGCCGGAAUGCCCGCCAGGGACGGGGGUUGGGGGGAAGCGGCGCUGAGGGGGGCGGGGCGCGGGGCGGGCAUGGGGCCGAGCCUCAGCGCGUCGUGCUCGCCCUCCGCCACGCCCGGGGGGAUGGCGAUGGGGGCAGGGGGCGAGGAGGGGCAAUGGGGGGCCGGGCAUGCAGUGCGGAAGCGAAGUGCGGAGCGAGUGGUGUUGCCAGAGGGGAUUCCGGAGGAGGGCGAGGGGGGCGGGGCGGCGGGGAGAGGGGACUGGGAUGGGGGAGGGGAGGAGGAAGGGGAAUGGGAAGGGGGAGGCGGAGGGGGAGGGGGGCGAUCGCUGCUGGCGGACGAGCUGGCGAUGCUGGAGGCGGAGGAUGAGGGGGGCGAGGGGGGGAGAGGAGGGGGGGGGGAGGGGGAAGGAAGCGGCGUGGGUGGGCAAGGGCGUGAGCAGCAACCGCGAGGUGGACGGCAGUGCUGCGGGCGACAGCAGCGCAGGGGCGGGCGACGGCAGAGAGUCUCCCACCCUCUCCGUCCCUCCCCCCUUGUGCAUGGCGCCAUGUGUACCCCAAUGGCCCUCCACCAGCCGGGGCCAGCACUGUCGCCAGCGCCAUGCAGCCCGCUGGCGGGCAGCAGCAGCUUCAGGGGCAGCGCGCUCAGCCCGGGAGGUAGCAGUGCGGGCGGCAGCAGGCAGGGCAGCCGCCAGGGCAGCAUGCAGGGCAGCAUAGAGGGCGUGGCGGGAGGUGGCGUGGGGGCGAUGAGUGGCGGUGGCAGCGGCCCCACGGCCUCGCAGCCCGCCGCCUCCUCCUUCGGCCGCUCCGCCUUCUCCUCCGGCCAGCUCACCCCCGGCAGCAGCUCAGCAGUGGGCGACGGCUUUGACUGCCGCCAGUUCACGGCGCAGCAGCUCGCGCGCGCCACCAAGAACUACGCGCAGGAGAAUCUCCUGGGAAAGGGGUCGUUCGGGGCGGUGUUUCGCGGGGAGAUGCUGGGGUGCCAGGUGGCGGUGAAGCGGCUGGAGGGGCAGGGGUGGCAGGGGCCCGACGAGUUCCGCGUGGAGGUGGAGGUGCUGAGCCGCAUGCGCCACCCCCACAUCGUGCUGCUCAUGGGCUGCUGCACCGAGGAAAUGGCGCUCGUCUACGAGUUCCUCCCGGGCGGCACGCUACAGGACAAGCUGGGCCCGCCCAAGACGGCGGACGCGGUGCGGCUGAGCUGGUCGGACCGGCUGCGCAUAUGUGGGGAGAUGGCGACGGCUCUGAUGUACCUCCACCGCAACGACCCGCCCAUCGUGCACCGUGACUUAAAGCCCGACAACAUCCUGCUGGACGGCAACCUGGCGAGCAAGAUUGGCGACGUGGGGCUGGCGCGGCUGCUGGAGGCGGACGGCUCCACCACCAUGAAGGUGCGCGGCACGCUGGGGUACAUCGACCCCGAGGAGGUGGAGACGUGUGAGAUCAGCGUGCUGUCUGACGUGUACGCGCUGGGGCUCAUCAUGCUGCAGCUGCUGACGGGGCAGCGCGCCGUCAAGGCCGUGCACCGCAUGCUGGCGGAGUGCGCCAAGCACGCCAAGACAGCCCAAGGCAGCCAGCCGGGGCCGGGGGGGGCAGCAGUGGGGGCGGUGGGCGUGGUGAGCAAGUACCUGGAGAGCACGGGCGGCGAGUGGCGCAUGGACCUGGCGGAGGAGGCCGCGGGGCUGGCGCUGCGCUGUGCAGACCGGCGGCGCGAGAACCGGCCGAGCCUCAAGAAAGAGGUGCAGCCGGCGCUGGUGCGGAUCGCUGCGGCAGCGGAGGAGGAGGUCAAGGCACGCAAGAAGCACAGCGACUUGCAGUUCAUCUGCCCCCUCUCCAAGGUAUGCCGUGUCUCGUGUGCUCUCAGAAAACCCACCCUUUGUUGCACACUCACACACGCACUGGUUUCACUCUCACAUGCUGUCGUGACAUUUAUCAUCACCCUUUCCCUCCUCCGUGUUGUGCAUGCAAAUGCCACCACCGUGUGCACACUCUCAAUGCGCACCCUGCCUUGCUCUGCCCUACACACACCACGACCACGGCCACGAUGGCAGGAGGUGAUGAGGGACCCGGUGGUGGCGGGGGACGGGUUCACAUACGAGCGCGAGCACAUCACUCGCUGGAUGGCGUCCUGCACAACUCUCGCCCUCCACGGGGCAGCCCCUGCCGCACACCUGCCUCACCCCCAACAACGUCCUCAAAACGCUCAUCUCCUCCCACAACAUGCGCUGAUCUCAUCCCCUCUCGGCUGCACCCUCGCCUCUCACUCCCUCUACAUACACUGCAAUGCCCUCUCUAUUUUUGCAGCUGGUGGGAGAUGCCUUUUCCAAGGUCCCGGCCUUGCUGUGCUGCACUCUGCACCACUGUGCUCCCUCAAAACGCAUCUCUGA